UCAUUGGCGUCAUGUGACUCGUGCGUUCGAGGUUCCCGACGAAUGACUGCUCAGAAUCUUCAUCUUACGACCGCUCCCGUUCUCGUUUUCGCGUUCGCCGCUGCUGCUGCUCCUCCUUCGUCUUCCACUUGCGCGAUGAAUCCAUAGGCCGCUCGCCAGUCGCAGCGUUCCGAUUUAAAUUGUCGUGCGAGUGCGGAAAGCGUCGGGCGAAUUUUGAGCCAUAUGUCUUGAUGAGCGACGACGAGAAUCUCUCAGAAGAGGAGGAGGCGGAGGAGGAGGAGGAGUAUGAUGGGGAGGUAGAACAAGUGGACGACGAGGACGACGACGAGGACGAAGAUUUGGAGCUCGGUGCAUGCCUGGGGCUUCUGAGCUUGAAAAUUUCGGAGGAAGAGGUUGAGGAGGAGGACACGACGAUGGAGCUGGGCGAUCUGCCACACCCGUUCGUCGUCCGUGAUCUUGAACCCUCCGAUUUCAGAAAAGGCCACUUGAAGCUUUUGGAACAGCUGACCAAAGUCGGAGAUGUCUCCGAAGAAGCAUUCACAAAGAGAGUGGAAGAAAUGCGCAAGUUGGGGGAUUUUCAUCACGUCGUGGUCAUAGAAGAUGUCGAAAAGCAGGCCAUAGUGGCCACGGCAACCCUCCUCGUUGAACUGAAGUUGGCGAGGAACUGUGGCAAGGUGGGACACAUCGAAGACGUCGUUGUCGACCAGACCGUCCGCGGUCAACGUCUUGGUCAGAGAGUUGUUUGUCACCUCGCAGGAUUAGCUGAACAGCUCGGCUGUUACAAGGUUAUCCUUGAUUGCACCGAGGCUAAUGCUCCAUUCUACGAAAAAUGCGGCUUCAAGCCCAAGGAGUUGCAGAUGGCCCAGUACUUUUGAUCUAGUCCUCAUCCGAGGGAUGCUCUGAAGAAAAAGCAUUGGACAGAGGUCUGGAUAGUGUGACCGUCUUCUCCUGGCAGCAGUGUUGUCGCCAAUCGUUCUGUUCAGAAGCUCAUAUGCACAUCAUUCAUCCGGCAUUCCAGCCACCGAAUGGCUCGCUGACAUGGUGAGGGUACUCACAUUUUUGAACAGAGCGUGAUCGGCACGAUCUUGUAUCCGAUCCUCUGGAGUGCCUCGGAACGUCCGGAUGAUAAAGCAGAAGCCGAAAUGGAGAGGAAGAGCGCAGCGUGUACUUCAUAAACUGAAGAUGAAGUUGAGACAGCAGUUGUGCAUGCGGAGUCCGCAUGCACAACUGCAUUCUAGGUCCGCAUUGCGGACCUAGAAUCAGCCGUCUUUUUAGGGCACCAUGAAAUGGCAUCGAUGGAAAACGAACCCGUGUUUCCAGAGUCCGGCGCUCUAGAGAGCUCUCGCACAACUGACAGACAGGCAUGAGUGAUACGACCCAGUGAAUAGGCUACGGCAUGUGCUGCUACUUCGAAUUUAAUAAAGUUAUUACCACGAGCUUGAUAAAGGAAGCGCGUUUUAGGUGCUCUGCCACAAGCCGA